AUGUUGCUUCCCAUAUCGAUGAAUAUAUUAAUAAUGAAAGCUUUUUUUAAUACAUUUGAACGAGAAGACAUCAAAUCAAUCCUGGAAAAAGCACAAUUAACUCAUGAUCAAUACUUUUCUCUUUUGAAACAAUCUUCUUCAACUAUCACAUUCAAAGACCUAUAUGCAUACACACACAGUACAAAAAUUUCUAUCCAAAGCUUCGAAGAAGCCAUUUCGGUUUUGAAAUCAAUUACCAAAUACAUGAGAUUCAAUACUUUGAAUGGAAUCAUUGAUUUCUUAGAACAAAAGCAGGAAGAAAUCCUUAAUUCAUCAGAAACAUUCAGAAAACUUAGAGAAGAAUUGAAUAAUAAAGAUAGAUUAAACAGAGUUUUUGAGCUAGAGAAAAAUAAUGAUUUCGAAGGUGUUUACAAAUCACUUGAAGAACUUGCAAAUGAAGGAAAGCAGGAUAUAAUGACAAAACUUUUAGGAAACAAAAUUUGGGAAAUGUCACAAGAAAGUGGAAGAAAUAUUCUUCAUGUUGCGUGUGAAAAAGGAAAUCUCAGACUUGUUAAAUCUUUUGUUGAAUCAGGCUGCGAUUUGGAAAUAAAGAAUAAGAGAGGAUUGACUCCACUCAUUUGUGAAUUAAGAUCAAAUCAACUUGAAGUUGUUAAUUAUCUUUUAUCUGUCGGAGACGAUAAAGAUGCAAAAGAUAAAGAUGGAUGGACUCCACUCAUGUAUGCAUCUUUCAAUGGACAAAUUGAUGUUGUUAAGAAUCUUCUCACUAAUGGAGCAGAUAAAGAAGCAAAGAAUAAUAACGGAUAUACUCCACUCAUGCUUGCUUCCCAAUGCGGCCAUCUUGAGGUUGUUAAAUAUCUUGUAUUUAAUGGUGCUAAUAUCAAUGUGAAAGCAAAUGACGGAAAAACCGCACUUAAAGUUGCAAAAGAUAAUGUAAAAGAUUAUUUCAAUUCUAUUGCAGGUAAGUAA